AUGUCUUCGGGAUUAACAAACAAACAAAAGAAUCCUGAUCCUCGUUCUCGUCAACAAAGUGACAAAAGUGACGACGAAUACAGCGAAUACAGCACCACAAGCAGCAAUAAUGACUCUGAAUAUUUGUCUCAUAUCAAAUUUGAUGGAAACAUUUUUUUCGUCAAAUGCUCCAUCGUGCCUACCUUAAAUCGCAUCGAUCCGGGCGCCUCCGAGGAUGAUCACGCCUUAUUCCGUUCCGAAUACAAGAGAAUGUCUCUUCGGGGUCCCGCAAAGCUCAUGGUUCGCAAAAUGAAGGACAAAAAUCCGUUCGGCAUCAAAGUUUUGAAGAAAGCCAAGCUCGCGGAAGCCGACAAAUGCGUCAAAGAAGUAAUUUUGAGCAUCAACAUGAAAAAAAUAAAGCCUUUGAACGGCGUAAAAUUCCUCGAACGCGUUUUAGGCAUCGUUCCAUCCGUGUCGCUGGCAAAAAAAUUAGUUGUCGCUCAAGUGAAGGAGAAUUGUUGCUUCUCGAAAGACGGAUUUGUCAAGCCAGGCGACAUUUUGAAGCAAAUCGGACAUGAUUCGAUCACAAAUGAGAACUUGGAUAUGGUUUUGCGGAACUUGCAUGGCACGCAGAUCAAAAUUUGCUUCCAUGAGAUGCUCGAAAGUAGUCCCUUGAACUCGAUUGAUGUCAGAAUUACCGGUUUGAGUGACGUUUUGGAUAAUUUACAUCUUUUAUUCGGGUAUGAAAAGCCUCCGAAUGACCUGCAGGAGCCUCCGUUGAGCCUGAUGUUCAUCUCAAAAGUCGAAGAUGCCGAAAAUAACCACGUGACUCCGACAUUUUCGUAUCCGCAACGUGAAAAAAAUAUUUUGUUCGGCAUUCGGGGGUCUUUUAUGACACUCCAAUCCAUUUUAGAGGCUAAUUUUCAACGCGAUCCAACGAUGACGACGAUCCGGGUGCAUCGCUCGCUCUUUCACGUCGCUUACAAAAGUCUCCCGACUGGAUUGCUGCUCGUGGCUUUCAAUUCUCGCUACGUAACUGCCUUCGAAUCGAAGAAACAUGCCACGAAUUUCAUUGAAAACCUAAAAUUUUUGUACAAAUCCGAGUCGGAAGCGUUUUUGCCGCAAAAUCUCUCACAAUUACAACAAAUUUGCGAGUUAAAAAAGGUCGAAAUUCUCACAGCGAAGAAAAUUCCUUCCGAAUCGCACUUUGAACGACUUUUGCCGCAACCGCAAUUCGUUUCGUUGCCCAAAGAGAUCCAACUGCGCAUCGACGAUGCCAUUUCCGAGCUCGAGGCGAUGGAUUUCUUCAAUUGGACCGACAGCGAAACCGUAAUUGAUGCGCUGCAGGAACUCGUGAUCGUCGGAUGUGCGGUUUUUUAUAAAAAUUUCCUCAUUUCCACGCAUUUGGGGGCCUCGUACGUGCAAGAAAUCGAAAAUGCGGCGAAACAUUUGGCGAUUCAUGCGAUCAUGGAGUCGACAAAUGUCAAAAAACUCAUUAUUUGGCAGCAAAUUCACGCAAAAGAGGAGCCAAAAAGUGAAAAAAGGAAAUUUGUGGUUUUUACGUCGCAGGGAAAAUUGCUGAUGGCGGCGAUUAUGGAAGAAAAAGUUGUUAAAAAGAAUCCUUCGAGUCUGAAAACGUCUCUUUCGUACUACGUCGAGGAAAUGCAGGACAUUUUGGAGUAUUUUCGCUUGACGGGCGUCGAAAAUUUAACGAGAAUUUGGAUUUCGUCGAACAAACGGCCCGAAAUUCUGCAACCGACGACGUCAAAUGGGGAUUUUCCGACAGUUUUGCCGCAAAAAAGUGUCUCGUUGCGCGAUUCAACGCUAAAUUCCGACGACAGCGACUCCGAUUGGGAAGAAGGCUUGAACAGUGGGCGCGGUUCGAGCAGCGGCUUCGACAUGAGCGAGUGUUCCGACAUCAUUUACAAGGAUUUUCAGGAAAUUAUUCCGAGUAUUUUGAAUUCGGGCGCGGAAAAUUUACUUUUUCACUUUGUUCAAGUCGAAUUCGGGGACGGAGUGUUGAUUGCGCCAACGGUGCAGUCGAAUUUCGCCGCCAUUUCGAAUGCUUUUCGCAAAACGUGCGUCGUUGUGCAUCACGUGCUGCAAAAUACGGUAAAAUUUAGGAAGAUUCUCGCCAAUAACGAGCCGAAUUGGAAUCAAAGGUCGAUGGUUGCGAUCAAGGAGCACGGCGUUUUGAUCCAAAGUGCGACGGCGAGUCAGAAAAAGACGAAAAAUGAGGAAUUUUGGGUGAUUGGAAGGCUUUUUUCGAGUCCCCCGAGGGAGUUGUAUGUCUGUCACAGGAGCAAUACGCCGCAAAAUAUGGUCGAGUUGGCGUUCAAAAUUUGCAUGGGAGGUGCAGGAUAAUGAAAAACUUAUUUUUUAACGAAAAACUAUUCCGUCCAGUAUUUUUAUUUAGAAUUUUAAG